AUGGCCAGGUUUCCAAGGGUUGACAAGAGCGACAACAAGAAGACAGUGAAGAAGGGAGCUUGGACUGCGGAAGAAGACCACAAACUGGUGGCAUAUAUCAAGAGAUAUGGCAUCUGGAACUGGACUCACAUGGCAGAACCUGCCGGUUUGGCAAGAACAGGAAAGAGUUGCCGGCUUCGAUGGAUGAACUAUCUGAGGCCCAACAUCAAGCAUGGAAACAUCGCCAAAGAAGAGGAGGAAAUCAUUAUUAACUUGCACCGAGUUCUUGGUAACCGUUGGGCCAGCAUAGCGAAUAGACUUCCGGGAAGGACGGACAAUGAGAUAAAGAACUAUUGGAAUAUUCGCUUGAAGAAACGUUUUGUCAUGGACAAUUUGCAAAUGCCAACUGCAUGCGAUGUGAAAGUUGACUCCAAUGACAAUGAUCCUUCAUCCCCCCAAUAUUCAUCAAUAGCCCAUGUUGAUGCUGCAAAAGCACAAAACCUUGGGCCUCCUAGGGGAGUUGAUCACGUUGAUGAAACCCUAAUCAAUGGCUUGAUCUCACCAGGCAACAAAAUCGAAAAAGAAGAAGAAAACAUCUGGGAACAAUUGUUUGCACUGAAAGAUCUUUGCAUACUAGAAGAUUUUGAUGGUAUGUGCUUGAACCCGGGAAGUGUAUCUCCUGCUUCUGAGUGCACGUAUUCUGAGCCUACGUACUUUGGCGAAUCCUACGAGGACUUCAUCAUGGAUUUAUGGGGAAAUUAA